ACGCACAAACGUACUCCCUGCUCGGACGGGAUGCGGAAGAGCGCCGUGUUUUCGUCACCGGGUCUCGGAGCAGGUUGGGGCCGGUGAGAGGAGCUGCCUGUCCGGUCCAACUCUCUCAGGAGUCCCGCGGAGAGCCAUGGCGGCUCUGUCGGCUCAGUGUGAGGAAGACUGGCAGGACUUUAACGAGUUUACAGCGGCCUCGGAGUCUGAGCCGGGAGAACCGCUUCCUCAGGGGGAACACUCAGCUUUCUGCUCCAGGAGCAGCGGCGGGGCAGCCGGGGAGAGGAGCAGCUGGAGGUCCCCGCAGGAUCUGCUGCAGGACUUGGAGCAGAAACUGAACUUGUGUUUCAGAAGCAGCUCCGCAGACUGUGAGGACCUGCCCGAUAUUAAACCCAUCACCGAGGAGAAUUUACUCCGAGAGGACGAGAUAUGGAACGCUCUGACAGAUAACUACGGGAAUGUGAUGCCUGUGGACUGGAAGACUUCUCACACUCGUUCUCUCCAUCUUCCCUCACUCAACCUCAUCCAGCAAACGGUGGACGGUGUGAAUCUGGACCUGUCUGAUGAUGAGGAACUCAGGGAGCAGAUGGACCUUCACUCCAUCAUCGUCUCCUGCGUUAAUGAGGAACCACUGUUUACUGCGGAACAGGUGAUCUCAGAGAUUGAGGAGAUGAUGCAGGAGUCUCCAGAUGCAGAGCCGGAGCAGUGUGUGUCCCCACCAGACCUGUCCAUCCUGUCCCAGGAGCUACACACACUCUCACACUCCUCAUCCACCAGCAGCUAUGAAGAGCGUCUGCAUGGGAUGAGUGUGUGUGAGCUGGAGGUGCUGCUGGACGAGGUGGAGAAGAAGAUCCGGGUGUUCUCUGAGGAGCUGAUCGAUCAGCUGGCUCUGCGUGAUGAGCUGGACUUUGAGAAGGAGGUGAAGAACACUUUCAUCUCGCUGCUCAUCGACGUGCAGAACAGACAGAAGGAGCUGAUGAAGAGGAGGAGGAAGGGCAGGAGCUCGAGCGGGACGCCCCGGGGAGAGCGCGCGCACACACCCGGGACUUAUUUAACUACAGUUAUACCGUAUGAGAAGCGAAGCGGCGCUCCAUCAGUUGAAGACCUGCAGAUCCUCACUAAGAUUUUACAUGCCAUGAGGGAUGACAGUGAUAAAGUUCCCAGUUUGCUGACUGAUUACAUCCUAAAAGUCUUGUGUCCUUCCUAACCCGGAUGAACAGAAUUUUCCAGAAGGAUCCAGAUGAAUCCUGGGAUUGCGUUCUUCCUCCAGAAGCCAGAGUUUUGUUUUUUUUUUUUUAUCCUGACCCUUUUUUUUUCUACAUUAUCGCUGUUUUAAUGUUCCAGUAAAGUUAUUUUUCUAUUCUC